AUGGCUCGAACUAGAGCUACAGGUCUUCGAAAUACAAGCCUCGUUCCUCCUCUUCCGGAGCCUUCAACGGUUGUUACUGAUUCAUCUCUUUCGAAUCCUGAUGCUCCUCCUCAAGAAACCCCAAUUUCUAGGGUUCCGAGUUCUCCCAUCCAUGUCUCCAAUCGUUUCUCUUCUUUUUCUGUUCUUGAUCGACCUGCCCAUGAAGAUGGUAGUAGUCCCUACUUCUUGAGCACAGGAGAUCACCCAGCCCUUGUUCUUGCAUCUCCUCCCCUCACAGACAAGAAUUUUCAACAAUGGAGAAGGGAUUUCAAGAUCUCCAUUCGAGCAAAGAACAAGCUCCCCUUCAUCAACGGAUCUUUCCCUCAACCAGCUGAAGAUGAUCCUCUUCGAAAUCAAUGGCUUUGCUGCAACCACAUGGUAAUGUCUUGCAUCCUUCACUCUGUUUCCCCUGACAUCAAAAGCGAUGACUCUAUAAGUUCCUACUUCACUAAAAUCAAAGCUAUAUGGGAUGAGAUUACUGAUUUACGCCCUAGACUUCCUUGUACUUAUGCUGCUUCUGCUGACUCUCUUGAUUUUCUUAACCAAGAACAUGCUCUUCAAUUCCUCACGGGUUUGAAUGAGUCAUUUCAUGCUGUAAGAGCUCAAAUAUUGUUGAUAGAUCCAUUCCCCUCUCUUUCAAAAGUUUUGUUUCCAUGA